AAGUGGACACACUCUGCAGGAGAGGAAGGACACAGACGUACAGCUGAAAGAAAAACACUCCAGCUAAAGAAAUGACUCAGAAAGAAGUGAAGAAAAUCCAGACAGUUUAUCUGCAGAACCUGGAAAAGUUAAAUCACGGAAUAAUGCCAGACAAGAAAAACUGGAAAGCAAAAGAAGGAGAAUUCCCAGUUCAAACAGCCGUGGAAAAGCUUCGACAGCCUCCCUCGGCUGGACAGGUGUCCAAAAGCUCAGCGCACAGAAUCAGCAGAGACCUGACCUGUUCCAUCUGCUUGGAUCUGUUUAAGCAGCCGGUGUCCCUGCCCUGCGACCACACUUUCUGUCAGACGUGCAUCCAGGGUUAUUGGACCAGACCCCGGGCUCCAGGACAGGGAGGCACAGGCUCCUGUCCUCAGUGCAGGAAGGUGUAUCCGGGACAAAGCUACAGGCCUAAUCGCAUUGUUGCCAACAUAGUGGAGAGCUACUGUCAGGGGCUGGAAGAGAGCGGGGCCGGGGCCCACCUGGGGGAUGCGGGCAUGACUGAGAGGGCCCCUGCUCUGGCCCCACGGUGCAGCCGGCACAGGGAGGAGCUGAAGCUUUACUGCGAGGAGGACCAGGAGCUGGUGUGUCUGGUAUGCGGCCUUUCCCAGGAGCACAGAAAUCACACCAUGGCGUGCGUUCAGGAUGCCGAGCAGAAGUACAGGGCAUCUCUGAACAGCUCCAUGGAUUCUCUGAAGGCCGAGCUCAACAUGGCUCUGCAGUGUGAUCGAGAAGCUGAGGAAGAGGUCAAGAAGCUCAAAGAGCACACGGCUGACCUGAAACAGCGCAUUGAGGCCCAGUUCAGUGACCUGCACCAGUUCCUGUACCAGGAGGAGAAGCUAGUGCAGGUCAAGCUGAAGACAGAGGAGCGGCGGGAGCUGAUCCGCCUGGAUGAGCACAAAGCACUGCUGUGCGUGGAGAUCUCCCGCCUGCAGAGGGCUGUGCACGAGAUCGAAGACAAGCUGAAAGAGCAGGAUCCGUUCAUUCUGCUGAGGAGUAUCAAAGCUCUGCUCCAGAGGCCAUCCCUGAAGUUUGAGAAGCCUGCGUUCACACCACCCAGUCUGUGUGAAGGCCGGUUUGCUGGGCCGCUGCAGUACAGAGUGUGGAAAUCCAUGAAAGGCAGCAUUUACCCAGCUCCAGCUGCCAUCACAUUUAACUCCAGCACAGCCAACCCAUGGCUCAGCCUGACCUCCUCCCUGACCUGCGUUCGCUACCAAACCUUUAACCACACCGUCCAAGACAACCCAUACCGGUUUAACGCGGCGCUGUCACUACUUGGCAGCCAAGGUUUCACACAUGGACGCCACUACUGGGAGAUUGAAGUGUACAGCAGCACAGUUUGGACAGUGGGCGUGGCCCGAGAGUCUGUGCCCAGAAAGGGGGUCAUCAAGGCCUUACCAGCCAACGGCUUCUGGACUCUGUCCCUCUCCUACGGGAUACAGUACAUGGCCGGUACGUCUCCACCCACGGUAUUGUCUCUGGAGGAGCCGCUAGCCCGGAUUGGUGUGUAUCUGGACUACAAGAGAGGUUUGGUGUCCUUUUACAACGCAGAGAGCAUGACGCACCUUUACACCUUCAGAGAAACCUUCACUGAAACGCUCUACCCCUACUUCAACCUGGGCUUCCUGGAUAAAGUUCAUGAAAACGAGCCUCUCAAAGUUUUCUUACCAAAAAUCUGAUAUGCUAUGGUGGGGAAGACAGACUAAGGAAAGAUAAGGAAAGAUACAGCACUGUGCAAUAGUUUCAGGAACCACAGAGUUAGAAUUAAAGUAGAAUAUGAUGCUCCCCCAACCACCCCCCCCCCCUUUUUAAAUGAACAUGUCAACACAAAAUCAGUUCCAACAAAAGUGUAUAGGUGAGCUAAAUGUUUGUAUUCUAUAAUAUCUUUGGAAGUGUAC